GCGGCGCCACUCAUGGGCUUUCCAGUGGAGACUCGACGAAAGCUCCACUGUCUUUUCGUUCACAACUCGAGUUUCACUGUAACGAGACGAAAUGCGACCGUGGUAUCCAUCCGCGGAGUAUUUCUUCAAGAAAGUUAAACGCCUACGAGAUCGUAAGGACAUUUAACAAGAAGACAUAGAGAGAAAAGACGAAGAAAAGCUCUGUCGCGGUAUGUCCUGGUGCGCGAUAUAUAUGUAUAUAUCGUGAUCGAAAUUCUGGAACAACGUGUGACGAUAUUCGAGGACUGAAAAGGAAUUUACAGAGGUCCGCGAUGUGUUUUCUUUGCCGUUAGUUAUUCGUCUAUCUCUACGUGUACGAGCACUUUGUUUUUGAUUGAUCGAUAAGCCGUGAAUUAGGUCGUCCACGAGUCGCGCCCUGAACAGAAACAUACGCAUACAAUUUGUGAACAGAAAGUUGAAAAAAUAUUCUAAAUUUGGUGUUCGAAAACGAGCAUCAAUCGACGUGUUCGACAAUAUUAUAUGUCUUGAGCAACGUCGACGUAUAUGAUGAAAUUGCAGCUGCUUGUAAUCGAAACGGAUUACUGCUGGAGGAAAGCGUUGCUUAGGAUGGUAUUGGACCCCAAGGUCACGAGUCUGCACAGUGAUUACGGAAGCUUCGAUCGACCAUUGGGCGCCGGAGAGGGCCACGAGAGGGACGUCGAGGCGACGGUUGAUGGAAGUAGCAACGGAAUGGCACAAUCGAGCGACGUUUAUCAACGGCAGCCAUUAUUACCUGGUGCACCGACCAAGGGCAAGGAUAAGUGGUCCGGGGUGGCAUCUGGCUCCGACUAUUACGUGGAUGACGAGGACGAGAAGAUCGACAGUCUCAGCCGGCAUCCUGGCAUACCAAAUGGCUCCGGAAAUGGCAUCGUUAAGCUCGACAUACCCGCGCCUCUUCGGGAGGAGCCCCGUUUUCCUAAAGAGAAGUGGAAAACGUUUCUUGCAUUUCUGUUCAUGGUCGUGAACUUCAUAUUGACUACUGCGUCCCUUGCAAUGGUGCAUGAACGAGUCCCUGAUCGAAAUACAUACGGGCCGCUCCCGGAUGUAGUGUUGGACAAUGUUGUCGCUCAGGAUUGGGCCCUUAACGUGUCGGAAGUUUUAAUUAUGAUAAUGUCCAAUUCAGCGAUGGUUUUUAUUAUUUUUCAUAAACAUAGGUUUAUCGUUGUUAGGCGAAUAUUUCUCUUGAUGGGACUGUUGUAUAUGAUGAGGAGUAUCACAAUGUACGUGACUGUACUGCCUGUCGCGAGCAAAACGUAUUUCUGCAGUCCUAAAGCAAACAAUACGAGUCCGCUCCUCGUUAUAAAAAGGGUUUUGCAGCUCAUUUCUGGCUUCGGCUUGUCUAUAAAUGGCAAGCACACUUACUGCGGGGAUUACAUUUACAGCGGUCAUACAGUUGUGCUUGUACUUAGUUACCUGAUUAUAAAGGAGUAUUCUCCAAGAAGGUGUCAACCAAUUCAUUGGCUUGCGGGCAUUACUGUUUUUGUUGGGGUAAUUAUGGUCUUGGUGGCUCACGGACAUUAUACCGUGGACGUCCUCAUAGCAUACUACGUAACUACACGCUUAUGGUACAUCUAUCAUACGUUAGCUAAUAAUUCGCAUCUUAAGCAAUAUGAACCAAACAACUUUUUGGCCCGACUCUGGUGGUUCCCUAUUUUUAAAUAUUUCGAGAAAAACGUGGGCGGCACGGUGCCACGACAAUACGACUGGCCUUUACCCUGGCCUCGACGAUUCCUUGCCAAGCACCCUAAUCGGGACAGUUAAUGUCUGUCUUUGAUAUCGCGAUAGAGGCUGUCAAACAACGGAGUUACUUUGUUGUAAUUUGUAUAUAUAUAAACAUAUAUGUAUACGUAUCUAGGCUUACAAAAAUGUGAAGAUAAAGCUUUACUAGAGAGUGGUGCGAGAGAUGUGUGUGCAAGUUCUUGUCAUUGUAGAUGAGUAUAUUUGCUCUUUUGAGACUUGACGAAAACUUGCGGUGUUCACUUCCUUAAAAAAAAAAGCAAAACUGACAGCAACAAAGAAACAAAAAACUGUAAAACAUGAACGAUAGUGAAAACAGAUGCUUGUACCGUCAUGUUCGUUAUCGUCCAAUCGCGAAACCUAUUUUUUUUUCUUGAUUUUGAUACGACUUAUACAUACAUUGUAAGAGGCUAGAUAAACGAUAGAUCGAGAUAUUUAGUCUCAUGAUGAAUUCACGUAGAGGGAGGUAUUCGAGAGUUACCAACAAAUUAGUGUGUAAAAUAAAAUGCUAGAUAUCUCUAUUUUCAGAUACUCCGAAUGUGAAAUAGUUAGAUGUAAAAAGAAAAAAGAAGGAAAGAAGUUACGCUACAGUAAUCCGGUCGAGCGCGGUAAAUGCGAAACUGUCUUGUUGAACGUAGCAUUAACAAGCAACAGGCGAUUUUUUUUAUAAACUCCUAUUCCUUCGAACAACGACUCGCAUUGGAAAAGUUGACAAAAGGGAAAAAAAGCGUCACUUCAAUAAAAUAAUAAUAAUAAAAAAAAGAAGGUACAAGAGAAAAACAUAUGGAAGUUUUGUUUGCCGCGAGACCUUCCUCUGGCUAAUUAUUCGACAUGCGUUCUAAUCUUUCGACUUCAAAAACAACCAAGUUCUUUAUGCUUACAUGCAUAGCGGCAUGCCUUAUUCCGAUGAAAGUCAACCGAAUAAAUCGCAAUUUUCGAACUCGUUAAUCGGUCAAUUGCCGUUCGUUUUCUAUAUUCUAGUUUUUCGUGUUGUAGAACUUUCCCUCGAAAUUGGAGCCCCUUUUUAAACGAGCAUUUUUAUCGUAGAAACAAUUAGUGGAUGAUUGGCAUAGUUUUAAAAUUCAACCAAUGAUCGUGCAAUUUCGUGGGACCAAGUACAGAGAGAACAGUUGGAAAAUAUAAUACUUUUCGAAGUAGCGGUAGAGAAUAUAAUUUCUUUUGUGGUGACAAUAGAAUACGCGCAUAACCGGAACAGUAUUUAGAAUAGUUUUCGAACGCUCUUGCUGUAUUUUUUAAACUAUGGUUUCUAGCGUUUUGAUCGACGCGUUGGCGUCGCAAUGUGUUCCCGUUUAAGAUCGGUGAAAUUUCUUGCCUACGAUCAACAUGGUUAGAAGCCAAGCGUUAUUCUGUGUGUCAAUAAAAUUCGUGAUUUCUCGGAAUAAGGUCGUCUUUACUGUCUACAUACACCAGAUGUUGUCACGUAUACGUGAAGAUGUGGAGAUGUCGAAUCGUGCAAAGAAAGUUUGUGUUGUCGCUAAUGAAUCUCAGAAUAAUAAUAAUUGUAACAAAAUGAAGUCUAACAAAGGUGUUUUCUAAUAAUUCAUUCUUUGUAUCAUUUCAUUCUGUUCUUGAUUUUCUGGUAUCUCGUAAACUCGCAACAAUAAUUCUAUUCGUUAGAGGAUUCUUCGGAUUUAUCGUUGCUUUCUUCCGAGAUAUAGAUAGCACAAAAACGCUUUGAAAUCUCUACUGAGCCAUGUAGGGACGUAAACAAAGAACGUUUUAACGAAUCUCAAUUAUCUGUAUAAAGAGAGAGAAAAUAAUUGCACGAUGGAAGAGUGAUAGGAAAUUAUUCUUCAUCGUGAUUGAAAGCGUCAAACUUGUGAAGUCUGUAAAUAGUUUAAGUGAUAUUGCCAGCGAUUUGUUGUCUUCUGCACACGCGAUUUAUUGUUAAUGCUCGUGCAAAAAUCUCGUUAUCCGUUGCCUGAAUUGUCAGCGUUCCAGUAACGCACGUUCGAAGUGCGUAACAUCUUUCGAAGUGGAUGCGAACAACCACACGUAUGGCCGAUGAUCCUGUUUCUCGUUUCAUAACUCUUUUUCCGUUUCGAUGCGCGCACGGUCGAACGAAUUUGACGGUCGACCGACGAGAAGAAGAAGAAGAACAAAAGAGAGAAAAAAGACAUUUUGCGAAAAAAGAAUAGUCAGAGUGGAAUGAAUUGAAUAGAAUCUAUUGGCCCUUAUAUAAUUAAGUCUCUUUCCGUCUGUGAUGAUAAACGAAAAAAAAGAAAAGACAUGAGUUGUCGUUGUGCUAGUUUUCGAUCGUGGAACGAGACACAUUCGUGAAACGAUUCGCAUAACGUGCCCAUUGCAGCCAUUGAUAUUUCUCCUUAACCCUCUAUGGUCUGCUUUAUUUAAAUGAAAUUUAUAGAAUCUUCUGGUUCUCCAAGUCGUUUUAACGAAUCUGGUGCUUUUUAAAAUUACAAUUGAGAAAUUGAUAAUAAUGAUAUACAAUGGACCGUAGGGGAUUAAAACACUCGUAUAGAUGCGAGUAUCGAAUAUACAUAUAUAUUUUAAUAAGAUUAAAUGUGGUUCGUAGCGAUACUCUUAAGUGACGCAAUAUUCUCGACGAUGUUAUUAAACUUGAAAAACAACAAGAAAAAAGAAAAAAAAAAAGAUAAAA